GCUUCUUAAUUUUUCCUCGCGAUUUUUUUUUCUUGGUAACAAGAAAGCACGUUUUCUGUACAUUGUUCUCGACGAAAUACACUGUGUUUUUUUUUUGUUUCGAUCAGCGCGACGAGGAUACAAUUUGUAAAUCGUUUGCGAUAGUGUGGAAAUUUGUUUACUUUCUUUGAACGGGCUUGGUCUCUUGCGAUGAGCACAUUUUCACCCAACCCCAUUCGUUAUAAUCGUCUCAAAAUAUUUCCAAUUUCCUACUCGCUUUCGAGAUCUUGAUAAUAGCUCCACUUUAGGAUAACAUAUCCUUAGAAUGGCAGAAUCAUGUCCAGCAAAUAAAGACACAAUUAACUCACCAGUCCAAUCUUUGCUGGAUCAAAGUGAAAAUAAGCAAGAGUGCACAAGCCCAAGUCCUACAGAAACUGUUUGUUUAGACUCACUAAGCAUUGAUCCUCCCAAUGAGUCAGUACCAGGACCUUCAAGCAUAGGACAAAUCCAGCAUGAAUGUAGUGAAAAUAACCUGCCCAAUGGAAACCCUGGACCAUCUCAUUCACCAACAAAUUUAAAGAGUGAACCUUCACAGAAUACUAAAAACACAUUUCUCGGUGAACUAGGAUUAGGUGAAAAUGAUGAGUAUGAAGAAGAAGCAGAAAAAGAGGAAACUUGGGAGGAUUGCAUUGAAGAGCAAUAUAAUGGAGAAUCUAAUGAUGAUUUGGAGGUAGCAGUUGAAGCUACUGAAGGAUACUCAGUAGAUGGUGUUUCAGAAUCUCUUGAACCUAAUGAAAAUUUGAAUUCAAAUCAAAGUAAAAUCAUUUCAUCUGAGAUAAAUUGGAGAAAGAGGAAACUGGAUAUGCAGAAUGGAUUUCCUUCCAAGCGAUUAUCUAGAACUACAAAUAAGACUGUUACAACAUCAGCAACGAGUUUGCCAACGUUGCAGGUGAUGCCGAGAACAUCACGAUAUAAUGUUUUCGGCAGUGGUGUUCCUUCAAACGCGACUAGUGAUCUGAUAAAACGAGCGCCAAUUCCUUCCAAAGACAAUCCACCGCCAGAAAUGAUAGAUUGGCUCAAGCAAUUCCAAAAAUGGACAAAUGCCGAACGUAUUUUAGCAAUAAACGAAUUAAUAGCACGAUGUGAACCUACGCAAGUAAGGCACAUGAUGCAGGUGAUAGAACCCCAGUUUCAACGGGAUUUCAUUUCAUUGUUGCCUAGGGAGUUAGCACUUUCGGUGCUCUCAUUUUUGGAGCCUCGCGACUUGCUCAGGGCCGCCCAAACUUGCCGCAGUUGGAGAUUUUUAGCAGAAGACAAUCUACUAUGGAAAGAGAAAUGCAAGGAGGCUGGUAUAGAUAUUGUUCAAUUAAGGCGCAGUUCGCCGCGGUCUCCAAGUAAUCAGGGAUCACCUUGGAAGGCAGCUUUCAUGCGUCAACAUGUAAUUGAAAUGAAUUGGAGGAAGAAACCAUUGAGACCACCAAAAAUGUUAAAGGGUCAUGACGAUCAUGUCAUCACUUGUUUGCAAUUUUGUGGAAAUCGUAUUGUUAGUGGCUCUGAUGAUAAUACAUUGAAAGUUUGGUCAGCAACGACUGGCAAGUGUUUAAGAACUUUGGUGGGGCACACAGGCGGUGUUUGGUCAUCUCAAAUGUCUGGUCAUAUUAUAAUUAGUGGAAGCACGGAUAGAACGCUGAAAGUCUGGGAUGUCGAAACCGGAGAUUGCAUUCAUACACUUUAUGGGCACACCUCAACGGUGCGCUGCAUGCAUUUACAUGAAAAUAAGGUUGUUAGUGGUUCCAGAGAUGCUACAUUGCGUGUAUGGAAUAUACAUUCCGGCGAAUGUUUGCAUGUUCUUGUUGGACACAUGGCCGCAGUUCGAUGUGUUCAGUACGACGGUAAAUUAGUUGUUUCAGGCGCUUAUGAUUAUAUGGUAAAAGUUUGGAAUCCUGAGAGAGAAGAAUGUUUACACACGUUGCAAGGACAUACAAAUAGAGUAUAUUCAUUACAGUUUGAUGGAGUACAUGUUGUAAGUGGAUCACUGGAUACGAGUAUUCGUGUUUGGGAAGUUCAAACUGGCGCAUGUAGACACACAUUAAUGGGUCAUCAAUCUCUUACAUCAGGCAUGGAACUAAAGAACAACAUUUUAGUAUCUGGUAAUGCCGAUUCCACAGUUAAAGUAUGGGAUAUUGUGACUGGACAGUGUUUGCAAACGCUAUCAGGUAUGUUUAAACACCAGUCAGCCGUAACUUGCCUCCAAUUUAAUAAUAGUUUUGUGAUAACUUCUUCGGAUGAUGGUACUGUGAAAUUGUGGGACGUUAAAACUGGGGAGUUUAUAAGAAAUCUCGUGGCAUUGGAUAGCGGCGGAUCCGGGGGCGUGGUUUGGAGGAUCCGUGCCAACGAUACGAAGUUAGUUUGUGCGGUUGGUAGCAGGAAUGGAACAGAAGAAACGAAACUUUUAGUGCUAGACUUCGAUAUAGACUCAAAUUCAAAUGCUUACACCAAUGCUAGGUAAUUACAGACUUAAACAAAUGGAAUGAGGAUAGUGCGAGUGCAAAUCGUUGCGCGAAAGUUUAAGAAAAUCCGACCUGAUGCUAUUGGUUUUACGCCAGUUUUAUUUUAAUAUUUCCAUCAGAAGUCAACAGCAAGUGAAUUAAAAAACGGGAAACAAUUAUUGUCAUUAUCUUAUAAUUAUUUUUUUUAAGCAAUUCAACCGCGAUUUGAAUAUUUUUAUUUAUAUAUCUAUCUCUUUAAGUUAAAAGUAUUAAUUAUAUGUGAUAUGGUGGGGUCGAUAUCAUCAGAUAAGUUUUUCUUGAACUUAAUAAAAAGAAAACUAAAUUUUAAACUAAUUAAUUUAGGUGAAAUUUCAUAAUUUUUUUUUGGACUGAAUAAUUCCACAUUAUAUUUCUGGUGCUUUAAUUUGCAAAUCUAAAUGAAAUGUUACAGUUCAUUUAUUUAAAAUUCUUUCUUAAUUGUGUUGCAUGGGUCCAAAAGAAAACAAACGAGAAAAAAAAAUAUUACCAAAAAAUCCACACCAAAAUUCAUGACGAAAAUCGUGACAAUUGAUAAACUUCUUAUUAUUUAAUUUAAAUUUACUAUGUUAAUUACUUUUUUAAAACUGAUAUUAUAUCUGAAGGAACCAUUUUUCAUGCUAAUUUUCUUUUUCCUUUUUUUUCAUGUAGUGCUUAAGUUGUGUUAAGUGUUCUGAUCAUCUUUUAUACAUAAUUUAUGUUAUUCUUCAAUUUUAUUCUAGCCAUUGAAGGUGUUCUUGUUAUUAUUUAUUUUUCUUGGUUUCAAUGGCUUUUUAAUAUAUUUUGUUCUUGUUUUGGCCAAACAAUUGUUGCAAUGCAAAUGUAUCUGUUCCUAUAUAAGAAGAGAAGAAAUGAUUACUACGGCAUCAGAGAGACUGAUAAUUAUUGUUAGGUAUAAAGAGAAAAAAAAUUGUACAGCCAUUUUAGAU